UCUGUAAAAUGCAACAGACUUUAGCCAGUAUAGCAACCUAGUCUUCUUGCACAGUGUAACUUAGAUGAUCAGAUUAGAAGAAUGGAUUAGAUUAUCGGAUAACUGAGUUGUAAAAUUCACAUCGGCGAACGUAAUAUGAUCACGUGCGUCACCUUGUCCACUGACUCCAAAGGUCCUUUUUAUUGCUUUAUUCUUUUGCUCAAUCAGCGUCUAUAUUCACUUCACAUUAGCCUCGGUUUUCACGAAAAUCACAGAGUCAUUGUAAGCUAAAGCGUAUUAUAAGUAGUCUUAUCAAUUCAUAGACGAGCUAAACAUAUUAUAGCGCCUACAAAGUGCAGUUAGUCAGAUAGUUAGCUUGAUAUAGCCUGCAAUGAAUCCUAUCAUUCAUAGCGCCAAAGUAGUAGUAAUAGGGGCUGGAUUUGCGGGAAUUUCUGCUGCAGUCAGUUUAUUUGAGGCUGGAUUUGAACAUGUGCAGGUCCUGGAAGCCAUGGGAAGAGUAGGUGGUAGAGUGUACACAAUGAGACCAUUUGGUUCUGACAUCAUAGAGAUGGGGGCAAACUGGAUUCAUGGCCAGGAAGGGAACCCUCUCUUUGAGCUUGGUAAGGAGCAUGGGCUGCUGUCUGAGGGGCAUUCAGCCAGCACUAAAAUGUGCCUACCUGGAUCCAUAACCCCUUGUGACUACUUCUUCAAAGAGGAUGGGAGGUUGCUGCAGGCUGAGGACGUUGAGCAGGUGUGUGCUCUCUUUAGUCGACUGACCUCCAGGGCAUUCGACUCUGAACUGGAGGAGAGGCACCGCUGCCUUAGCCUUGGGAAUUACCUUGACAACGCCUUUGCUGAGUCGCCUUUGGCAGCAACAGAGGAUGGCCUGAAGGUUUUCGAGUGGUGCAAGAGGUGCGAGUGUACGGACGAGGCAAGUUCUUCCCUUUAUGAGGUGUCUGCCUCCCAGAUUGGGCACUAUGAGGCUCUGGAAGGAGGAUUUUUUAAUUCCCUUGGUCCAGGAGGGUAUCAAGCAUUUAUAGACAUCCUUUUAAGAAAGUUGCCGGCAGGGGUCAUUAUGACAAGUACCCCUGUGGCACACAUUGAGUGGGCGUUGAAUGAGAAUGACCAGGGCAAGAGGUCAACUCAUCCUGUACGAAUUGUUUGUGAACAGGGUCAGAGCUUUGAAGCAGACCAUGUAAUAGUGACAGUCUCAUUGGGGGUUCUGAAGCAGAAGGCUGCACUGAUGUUUCACCCCCCUCUCCCAGACUCCAAGAUGGCUGCCAUUGAUAGACUGGACAUUGGCACUGUAGACAAGAUCUAUCUCUGCUUCCCUGAGAGGUUUUGGCCAGAAGACUGUGCUGGGAUACAAGUUGUAUGGGACAAUGGACCUGAGGAUGCCGCUGUCUACACUUCGGAGCUGGAGGGGGAGGCCUGGAAGGAGAACUGGUUUAAAAAAAUCUGUGGCUUUGACACGGUGUCUCGGCACCCGAAUGUUCUGUGUGGCUGGAUCACAGGCAGAGAGGCCCUUCAUAUGGAGACGCUGGACGAUGAACAAGUGGGAGAUGUUUGUGUGAGAUUACUCCGGUCCUUCACUGGCUGGCCUGUGCCUGAGGUCUCUCAGGUGUUGAUAUCCAGGUGGGGGCAUCACCCCUAUGUGCAUGGCUCCUACACGUUUGUGCCGCAGGGGGUGCUAGCAGAGGAACAUGGAGCUCUGGCUGCACCUCUCCCACCUGAGCCAAGUUCUGACAACAGGAAGCCUCUGCAGGUGUUGUUUGCUGGAGAGGCGACACAUGUGAACUUUUAUACCACUACACAUGGAGCUUAUCUCACAGGUAUCAGAGAAGCACAGAGACUCAUUAAUCACUACACCUAAUAAAUAUAAAGGUUCUUAGAAAAAUAAUGAUUCACUGCCAUUAUGGAAUUCCUUGAUGUUCUCUUUCAGCUAAUUCUAAAUAGUGCAUUACCUAAAAGGAGGAAGAAACUACAAACAGGAUAAUUGAUUUCAUUGUUUCUGGUUCAUCUCUCAAAUGCCAUUGGGUCAUUUGGAUUAUUGCAGAAAAAGAUGAGCACAUAGGCCUACAUAAAAUUGAUGCACGAGUGAAAUAGAUUUGUGUUAUUACUACACCAUUAAUAAUUUAUUCCAAUAACAG